GUCAUCUUAAAAAGGAAAAGUAAACAAAUGGCCUGGGCGGUCACUUUUUGAGAGCUGCUAAGAGAAUUCAACACAUCUGGCAUUCGUUUCUCAACAUUUCAUUUGAAAAAUGUCGCCAAAGCGAGGUGGCCAUUACUGUUGUGUGGUUUUGUGCCAUCACAAUCAAAAAAGAGACGGCAAAUUGGGUAUUAGCUUCUUCAGAUUUCCAAAAAAUGAUCCUCAACGUGAUCUAUGGCUCAAAGCUGUGAGACGGAAGAAUUCUGAUGGUACGCCAUGGAUACCAAACAAAGAGGCCAGAAUUUGUUCUGCUCAUUUUUACCUUGGGAAAAGGAGCGAUGAUCCUGACAGUCCAAGCUUUGUGCCAACGGUAUUGCCUCACAAGACAGUUAAAGUAAAUGAAGAUCGUAUAGCGCGUCGAAAACACCGCGAAAGUGUCAAGAUCAAAAGCAAAACGCAAACGGAGGAAGCAAAAGAGCCUAAGAACAUCGCACAAGAAAUUGUAGCCACUGUGUUUUCAACGCAAGAUCUGUCAGUAUCCGGAGGUAGCCACGCUUCAUUGAAUACAGAGCCAGUGAAGUGCUUCAUUGAAGGCUAUUGUCAGACGUUGAAGCUGAGGCACAGUUCAGGAAUUUUCAAUCUUGAAUGUGAGACUCGGCCGAAUAUGUACGAUGAGAACUGUCUCGAUGUUGCCACUACUGCCAAUGUUCCGCAGCAUGAAGAUCAAGGUGUACAAGCUGUAAAGUACAGAGAAAUUCCCUCCCGUGCCAUCGGUACAAGCACUGAAAACACUCAUUCUGAUAAUGGAGGAAUGCAAUACUUCUUGAAUCUUCCAAAAUCACAUUUUCAGUCUCUGACUGGUUUAUCAAGAAAAAUGUUCGACUUUCUUCUGUAUAAGCUUGGACAGAAUUUGACAUCGUCUCGUUUUAUCCAACGAGAGAUGAAGCUUUUUCUGUUUCUGGUGAAAAUGAAGUUAAAUCUCCCGUACAUAGCAAUGAAUGCCAUGUUCAACGUCUCUGCCCAAACUGUCAGCCAAAUCUUCGUUGAAGUCCUUAAAGUUGCACAUGACUGCACGAAGAACUUUAUAAUCUGGUACGACAGAAAAACCAUUUAUGCAAGAAUGCCAAAGUCAAUCAAGAAGGACUUUCCUAAUGCUAAAGUCAUAAUUGAUGCUUCUGAAGUAGAGAUCGAGCGGCUGAAAUCUACGAAGGCAUGUGUUCAGACAUAUUCAAGCUAUAAAAGUCGGCACACACUUAAGUUCCUGGUUGGAUGUGCUCCCUCAGGAGAGAUCAUGUUUAUUUCAAAAGGAUUCGGAGGAAAGGCAACUGAUGCUGAAAUAACAGUUAGAAGCGGUAUCCUCAAUUAUCUGGAACCAGGAGAUGUCGUUUUGGCGGAUAAGGGCUUUCCUUUGAUAGAAACCAAAGUAAAUUCGGGUGGUGGCAUUUUAGUCAUGCCACCGUUUAAGGAAAGUCGGCAACAAUUCACUGAAGAAAAAAACGAGUCUGGUUACAAAUGCUCAUCCGCUCGUAUUCACGUGGAAAGAUGCAUUGAACGAAUGAAACGAUUUAAGGUUUUAGACUUCAUCCCCCGAAACCUUCUGGAGCACAGUGACAUGAUCCUUGUCACAAUUGCUGGGCUGUGCAACCUCUUUCCUGUCUUGAUCCGAGAUUCCCAGGGCAAUGAGAUGUACGAAGCCAAGGAAAAUGGACAGGAAGCUGAAGAAUCAUUCAAUUAA